UGUCAGCUUGACCCGGCAUUCUGUAUUUAAGGAGCUUUGGUGUGGCCUCGCCGAGCUGACAUGAACAUCUUCACUAAGGUCCCAGGAUUAGUCCAACCAACCAGCAAGCUGGGGUCUGUGCUCCAACGUGCCUUCUACGGGUCCAGUGGGAGGGUGACCCUUUAUGAGCAGCGGAACUUUGCGGGCAGGCGUCUGGACCUAAGCUCUGACUGUGCCAGGCUCAGUGACAAGAACUUUCCAGAGAGAUGCAACUCUGUGCAGGUGGAGAGUGGAGCAUGGAUCGGUUACGAGCAUGAGAACUUCCGAGGUCGCCAGUACCUGUGGGACAUGUCUGAUCGUGGAGAGUACAACUGCUAUGACAAGUGGUGUGCACAGGUGGACCACAUCUCCUCCGUGCGAGCUGUCAAACAGGACAACAACCCUGCCAGAGCUCAGCUUUUUGAGCGAGCCGGCUUCUCCGGUAAGAAGAUGGAGAUCCAGGAUGACAUUCCCAACCUGAUGAGCCGCUACAGCCUCAACAGAUUAGCUUCCAUCCGUGUGCUGGGAGGAGCGUGGGUUGUGUAUCAGGAGCCAAACUACAGAGGGCCUCAUUACGUCCUGGAGAAACGAGACUACAACAACUUCUCAGACUGGGGCAGCCAGAACAACACUGUGGGUUCUAUGAGAAGAGUACGCUUCAAUUAACUGUACAUAUUUUUACAAAGACUUUCAUAAACAUUUUCCCCCCCUU